GACCCGCUGCUUCCUCCACCGCCACCGCCGCCGCAGCUGCUGUUCCCUCCUGGGCUAGGCUGCCUCACGGCUCGCUGGCGCCCCGCCUCCGCCUCCCCCAAACCCGAGGACAACGCGCCCGCCGCUGCCGCCUCUCGGCUCUCCCAUGAUCACCCAGUGCCUUUCGGCUGUGCGAGGCCUGCACAGAGUUGGUGGUUGUAGGAUUUUAUUCAAGAUGACUUUAGGAAGAGAAGUAAUGUCUCCUCUUCAGGCAAUGUCUUCCUAUUCUGCGGCUGGCAGAAAUGUUUUACGAUGGGAUCUUUCACCAGAGCAAAUUAAAACAAGAACUGAGGAACUCAUUGUGCAGACCAAACAGGUGUACGAUGCUAUUGGAACGCUUGACCUUGAGGAAGUAACUUAUGAGAACUGUUUACAGGCACUGGCAGAUGUAGAAGUGAAGUAUAUAGUAGAACGAACCAUGCUAGACUUUCCCCAGCAUGUCUCCUCUGACAGAGAAGUACGGGCGGCAAGUACAGAAGCAGACAAAAGACUUUCUCGUUUUGAUAUCGAGAUGAGCAUGAGAGAAGAUAUAUUUCUGAGAAUUGUUCAUUUACAGGAAACCUGCGAUCUGGGGAAGAUGAAGCCUGAAGCCAGAAGAUACUUGGAAAAGUCGGUUAAAAUGGGAAAAAGGAAUGGGCUCCAUCUUCCAGAACAAGUACAAAAUGAAAUCAAAACAAUGAAGAAAAGAAUGAGUGAGCUAUGUAUUGACUUUAACAAAAACCUCAAUGAGGAUGAUACCUUCCUUGUAUUUUCCAAGGCUGAACUUGGUGGUCUUCCUGAUGAUUUCAUUGACAGUCUAGAAAAGACAGGUGAUGACAAGUAUAAAAUUACCUUAAAAUAUCCACACUAUUUUCCUGUCAUGAAGAAAUGUUGUAUCCCUAAAACCAGAAGGAAGAUGGAAAUGGCUUUUAAUACAAGGUGUAAAGAGGAAAACACUACAAUCCUACAACAGCUGCUCCCACUGCGGACCAAAGUGGCCAAACUUCUUGGCUACAGCACACAUGCUGACUUUGUCCUUGAAAUGAACACUGCAAAGAGUACAAGCCAUGUAACAACCUUUCUAGAUGACUUAAGCCAGAAAUUAAAACCCUUGGGUGAGGCAGAACGAGAGUUUAUUUUGAAUUUGAAGAAAAAGGAAUGCGAAGAGAGAGGUUUUGAAUAUGAUGGGACAAUCAAUGCCUGGGAUCUACAUUACUAUAUGACUCAGACAGAAGAACUCAAGUACUCCAUAGACCAAGAGAUCCUCAAGGAAUACUUCCCAAUUGAAGUGGUCACUGAAGGCUUGCUAAACAUCUACCAGGAGUUGUUGGGACUUUCAUUCGAGCAAGUGACAGAUGCUCAUGUGUGGAAUAAAAGUGUUACACUUUACACUGUGAAGGAUAAAGCCACAGGAGAAGUAUUGGGACAGUUCUACUUAGACCUCUAUCCAAGGGAAGGGAAGUACAACCAUGCAGCCUGCUUUGGUCUCCAGCCUGGAUGCCUCCUCCCCGACGGGAGCCGCAUGAUGUCUGUGGCCGCCCUUGUGGUAAACUUCUCACAGCCACUAGCAGAUCGUCCUUCUCUCCUGAGGCAUGAUGAGGUGAGGACUUACUUCCAUGAAUUUGGUCACGUCAUGCAUCAGAUAUGUGCACAGACUGAUUUUGCACGAUUCAGUGGAACAAAUGUGGAAACUGACUUUGUAGAGGUGCCAUCACAAAUGCUUGAAAAUUGGGUGUGGGACAUUGAUUCCCUCCGAAGACUAUCAAAACAUUAUAAAGAUGGAAGACCUAUUAUGGAUGAUCUGCUUGAAAAACUUGUUGCUUCUAGACUGGUCAACACAGGUCUUCUGACUUUACGCCAGAUUGUUUUGAGCAAAGUUGAUCAGUCUCUCCAUACCAACACAUCACUGGAUGCUGCAAGUGAAUAUGCCAAAUAUUGCACAGAAAUUUUAGGCGUUGAAGCUACUCCAGGCACAAAUAUGCCGGCUACUUUUGGACAUUUGGCAGGGGGAUAUGAUGGCCAAUAUUAUGGAUAUCUUUGGAGUGAAGUAUUUUCCAUGGACAUGUUUUACAGCUGUUUUAAAAAGGAAGGGAUAAUGAAUCCAGAGGUUGGAAUGAAAUACAGAAACCUAAUCCUGAAACCUGGGGGAUCUCUGGACGGCAUGGACAUGCUCCAGAAUUUCUUGAAACGUGAGCCAAACCAAAAAGCGUUCCUAAUGAGCAGAGGCCUGCAUGCUUCGUAAACUGGGCUCUUUGGUAGCUGUCCAUGUCUGGAGGACAAAUCGACAUCGCCGUGUGUCACUGGCCUGGAAACUGAAGGGAGUUUUGCAAAUGAAAAUUUCGAUUUCUAUUGACUGCCUUUUGUUUUUUGAUUUGAAAAAUUAUACAGAUGUAAAUGGAAUUAUAAAUACUGUGACCUAAGCAAAGAUCCAUUCAAAAAUAAUUGUACUAUAAAAUUUCAUAAAAAUAGAUUUGAUUUCUUUUUAUAAAAGUUUCAUAUGAAUGUAAUUUGAUUUUUUACUCUUGUAAUCUAGAUAAUGUAAUAUAAGCGGGCUCAGAAUUUUUUAAUUGAUUCAUAUACAUUAUAUAAUUUGGUCCUUCUUAUAUCUUAUAUACUUGGGAUUUCUGGACAUAAAUGAAUCACCACAUCUCUGGUAAAUACUUUCUGGGAACCCUGCACCCACUUUGACAUCUUGUCUCACAGUAAAGUGUGACCUCUUUGCCUGCAUACCUCAGGGCCAGGGGAAUAUGCCUCAGUAAUGCAUUUAUCUUUGUGUUCCAGGCCCAUGAUUCUCAACUUCGUGCCACACUUAAAUUAUGCUUGUCUAUUUGGGUUUGUUUUUUCUGUCUAAAGUCCAGUCAGAGAAUCUCAAACGGUUAUAAGUUUUGACUGAACUAGCCUGAUGACUUUUGCAAGUUUUUGUAUCUUGUAUUAGAGAAUUUUGGAUCUUGUAUUGAGGUUCCUUUCCACUCCAGCAUACAAGAUUGUCAGUCUUUUGGCACAUUUGUCAAUUGGAACACUGAAGCAAAUCCUAAGGAAAUGUUUUUCUUCUCAUGUUUCUAAUAAGUGCUGGAGGCUUUGCCUCCUUUACUGCCCACCUCAUCCAAAGCAGUGGGUUCACGUCACAAAUGGCUAUUUAGAGAGCUGAGGCUGAUGCAGAGCAUAAGAGUUCAGAAACUCCAGAAGAAGAGUGGGUGCUGUACAGAAGCAUUUUAGGACAGCUGCUCCCAAGUGCUAUGUGUGUGCUUCAACUUGGCCAUGAGGAGAUGGCUUUUCAGUAGUCUGUUUUGUCUGGUAAUUUUUAUUUUAAGUGACCCAUUGGGUCUCUCUUAACUAAAUAUGGGCCUAAAUUCCAAUUCUGCAGCAGACCAGUAUACUCGCAGUACUUAUUUUUCCUCUAAGAAUCUAUUCAAUAAGAAAACCACCACAGGGUAAUAAAACUUUUUUUUAAUGAAAAAAACAAACUUUGAAUGUACUCUGCAUAAUCCUUUCAGUUGUUUCCCACUGAGUACCUGAGGUAUGACUUUGCUGGCCAGGAACAAAAUUCUAGUUCUCUAGUCCAAAUGGACUUUGUGCUAAAUAAAAAAAUACUAUGUUGCAUAAUAAAAUUAUAGAUAGGAAAAAUCAAGAGCUCUAGUGAUACAGAAGAAAAUUCCAAGAUUAUUAUUGUCAAACAGAUACCCUGAACAUCCACAAGAAAUCCUACUCUCCCUUCUGAGACAAUUGCCUGGCCCUUCUCUCCCCUACACUCACUCAACUUCACCGCCUCUGGUCCCCAAAGCUGUUUUGGUCUUAGCAACCUGUGGUACUUUUCUCAUAUCUUUUUUUUUCCAGACUAUUCUGUUUUUCAGACAAAAACUCUCUUCAGCUUUUUCUGUUGCCCAGUGUGUCUCCUGAACAAUAACUUGAUCUUUUUAAAUCUUAACUUAUUUCACCUGGAAAAACUAAUACUUGCUGUGAAAAAAGGCUGCACACAAUAAAAUUGCAUUAUUAUCCAUGAAAA